AAUUUCAUUUCCCGCAACACACGUACAGCUAUAAGUCCCUCUAGCAAGGAGUCUUUCUCUCUUGUUGACGACGAAAGGGGUUCCUCCCGCGAAAUCCACAGCAGAAGCCAUGGCUGAUUCGACUUUAUUAGGGCUUGUUCUCUGAUACAUCGGAGACGAAACGACGAUAAAGACUCCUUUUGGAAGUUCGGGAUGGGUGACUCAUCCAAGGAAGAACUGGUUCAGUUGCUCAAGAGAUUCGGUGCUUAUCUCACUGUCAAGUUGUCUAAUCUCUUCUCGAUCUCCUUCAGACAACUGAAUUCUCGUUCUUUUGGGGCUCUUGCGGGGCUUGCUAUUGCAAUAGUCUUUACCUGGAGAUUGUUGAGAACUCCCCCCAGGCACCAAAGAAGACAACCAAAACGACACGCUCCUGCACCUAGUACUUCUGGGAUCAAUACUCAUUCAGAUGUAACUCUAGUUGCCCCGGAUUCUUCUUCAGAGUCUUCAAGAGCACAGAAUGUGAUUGAUGAAUUCUUUCAGCCAGUAAAGCCAACAUUAGGACAAAUAGUAAGGCAAAAAUUGAGUGAGGGAAGGAAGGUCACAUGUCGAUUGCUUGGUGUAAUCCUUGAGGAGAGCAGUCCUGAGGAGCUCCAGAAACAAGCAACUGUGAGAUCUUCUGUUCUGGAAGUACUGUUAGAGAUCACAAAAUUCUGUGAUCUUUAUCUCAUGGAAAGAAUACUGGACGAUGAAAGUGGGGAAAAAGUUCUUUUAGCUUUAGAGAAUGCUGGGGUUUUCACUUCUGGUGGUUUGGUCAAAGACAAGGUUCUCUUCUGUAGCACAGAGAAUGGGAGGACAUCUUUUGUACGACAACUUGAACCUGAUUGGCACAUUGACACAAAUCCUGAGAUCAUCUUCCAGUUGGCUAGGUUCAUCAAAUAUCAGCUUCACAUCACUCCAAACAGACCAGAACGUACUGCUUCCAAUGUGUUCUCGUCACCAACCUUGGAGCAGUUCUUUGGAUUACCAGAUCAAAAUUAAUUCAUGACUGCCUCCCAUUGCCCAACAUGAUAUGAUGUGAGUUCACCGUUUGAUCAACUGGCUUCGAAGUAAUUAAAGAAAUUUACAGCCAGUGGUUAGGCUAUGUUAUCAGGUUGUCCAGCGAAGGAACUGCAUAAUUCCCCAAUAUUUUCUGGGAAGAGGCUUUCCUUGUUAAAAAUUUGUGCAUUAGGUUAUUUGUAUUAAACUCGAGUUUUCUAUGAAAUUUUCUAAAAUGGUUAAAAUCUUCUUCCUCUAAUCCUCUGCAUUGUUUUUAUUUGAGGAUGUAGUUCUUGUCAGUUGUCACUUGAGUUCAUCUGUAGUAUCCUUAAUUGUUUGGGUAGUCUUGUGCAAGAACCAUAGGUGGUAGUUCAAUUUCCAUCAUGUGCAGAGUGAACCAUGUCCAUUGCGAGUCCUCGUGUUCUUUGUCAAGUUAAUUGCCACACAAUUAUUCCUUUUUCUUAUUAUUUUUUAAUGGAUGAAGGUGAUCCUUUGUAUAGUUGCCUUGGUACUUUUGCUGUUCUAUCUAUAAUACAUCCAUUGCUGGCCUA